UGAGUGACUUUUUACAUCGAACAAAACUUUUGCAAACAUCCAACCAACUAUUCCCGCCAUUUGGACAACAGAAUCCAAACAACCAAUCAACAACCAGUAUUUAGGGUCAGAGGUCGGCAGGACCAACAUGGCGGAUUUUCAGACGAUAUUUUCCGGGAUGAACAGAACUAGAUGAAACCAAAGAGCUGUGACACCAUUUCAACAAGUAUCCUUGACACCACAUGAGGGUGACCGUGAGCCUCCUGAUGUCAGGGAUCAGGUGGGCCAUGAAGACGGGACUGUGGCAGCCCAGCAGAGAGGAGUGGCUGUUAGCAGCGCGCUGUGUGCAACAGGAGGAGAAAGACAGGAUAGACAAGUUUGUCUUUGCUAAGGAUGCAAAGUAUGCUAUGGCUGGCCGACUUCUUAUUAGAAAAGCCAUCAAUGACCAGUUGGGAAUCCCAUGGAGGGAUAUCCGACUGGGUAGAACAGAGAAGGGUAAACCGUAUCUAACUAGUACAGUUGAUGCUGACCAUGCCCUCUUCAGUUUCAACGUGUCUCACUCAGGAGACUACGCUGUGCUGGCGGCAGAGAGCAGAAAUGUUGUUGGAGUGGACGUGAUGAAGGUUGACUAUCCAAAUCGAGGUGACGUCCCAGAGUUCUUCCGCACGAUGAGAAGGCAGUUCACUGAGCAUGAGUGGUCCACAAUCAAGACUCCCAGCUCAGAGUGGGAACAGCUCAAGCUCUUCUACAGACACUGGUGUCUGAAGGAGAGCUAUGUGAAGGCCCUGGGGGUGGGGAUCGGGUUUGAGCUCCAGAGAAUCGACUUCCACCUGAAGACUCCGCAGGUGAGUCCAGGUGAGGUGGCACAGGACACUCAGGUGUACAUCGACGGGACCCAGGAACCUGGCUGGCUAUUCCAGGAGUCUGCCCUGGACGACACACACUGUACAGCUGUAGCUAUUCAAGGUCUCACGCAGCCCGUCUCGGAUCCCCCGACAUUCCGAGCCGUAGAGUUCCCGGAGCUGACAGGGCUCGCUCAGCCCCUGCUUCCGGAGGAUGUCUCCUACUGGGACAGCUUCCGUAACAAGAAGGAGAGGCCGCAGCUUUCCAAGAGAUGACGUAGUUAUUGACCUUGAUCUUGUUAAACCUUAGGCCACACCAUCUUAACUUGUUGGUUGUCAGAUAACAAAAAUAUCAUAAACUUGACAUUAAAACAUUGCAAAAACGACCAGGUUUAUGCCUGGUGCAUUCAGUCUUAUGGAGUAAAAACAGUCAGUAGUAGUCAUUGAGUCACAGCUUUACAAGAGAUGACGUAUUUAUUGACCUUGAUCUUGUUAAACCUUAGGCCACACCAAUUUAACUUGUUGGUUGUCAGAUAACAAAGAUAUCAUAAAAUGGACAAACAUAACGAAAACAAAUCCUGUGGACCAGGUUACAGUUAUGCCUGGUACAUUCAGUUUUGUGGAGUAAAACAGUCUUAGUCAAGUUUUGCCUCUCUACCUAUGGCUUGCUAUAGUGUCAAGGUUUCAGACUUAAAAUGUCUGAGAACAAAAUAGAUUGGUAUGGCCGUAUAUUUCAAUUGAGCUGCUUUGUAUAUAUACUAUUACUAUAGGUGAGAAAGAAACUAGUCAGCAGUUUGUAUACAGAAGGCAUUGUUUAGUUGUAGCACUUAGACACAAGGGUCGCAAGGUUAGGUCUUUUUUAUAGUGUGGAGUUACAAAUGCCCAGUUUAAGAGCAUGCAUACUGAAAUGUACAUGUACACAUGUAUGUAUUUUUAUAGAAGAAACAUGCAAUGAUUUGUGCUGUCAAAGGUGACCAAUCGAAGCCAUCAGAAUUGUUGUCAAUUUGAUUCCUACAAUGUGGAGCACUUUGGCAAGGUAGGCACAAAUGUCUCACUUUUGUUUUGGAAGAUUUUGUAACCAGUGCUUCUAUCAGGAUAACUGAGAUGUUGCUUCUUACACUUUUAAAAAGUAUGACAAACUGAAAAUUGUGAUGUACCUCAGAUAAAUAUCUGUAAGGAGAGUUUUAGCGUAAGCUGUAAAUUUAUUGCUCGAAUUACUAGGUGCAUAUGCACUUUAUUUGUGCACCCAAAAUUUGAGCUGUGCACUUGUGCAAUUUUGACUGUGUAUGGGUGUAUCUACGUGUAGAUAUUUGUGUAAGGUGUGUAUUAUGUACUAUCAUGGUAUAUGAGUAAGCAGAAUGGUCAUCAUGAUUUAGGUUUUGCUGACAUUGUACUUUAUCUGUUUUGUUCCUCUGAAUUCCUAUGUUCGGGGCGCAAAGACAAGUGUGCCUAUUCCCAAAAUGAAUUUCAAGCCAAGAAUGAUUAUUGUACUGACUGAAAUAGAAAUACCACUAUUCUGGGAAAUGAUACAAAUUUUAAGCAGAAAGUAAGUCAAAACACUGAAUAAUGAAGAAUAUUUUGUCUCAGCUAUUUUAUUGAACUCCUUUCCCUAUAGUCACACAACAUAUCAUACAUUUUCAUUGUGUAAUUCACAAGUCUUUACAUUAUAUACAGACCAUUUGAAAAAUCAUCUCAUUGUUUUCAAUGACUCACAUUAAUGUAGCAAGUAACUGCAUUGAAAGAACUUAGAGCAUUAUUCUCUUCCUAUAGCAUUUCUAAGAGUUCUCAACCAAAGUGAUUCUGCUAUACAGCCUUAUACAAACAUUCGAUUUAGAAAACUACUAACAGUAGAGCCCACAAUGUCUAUCUCUGUUUAUACACUAUUCAUGUAAAAGGUACAAUGCAAAAGGCUACUACGUUUCUAAUGUAUUACAGUAAUACACAUGUACUGCAUAUACUUGGCACUUUGUAUGCCUUUCUAUAUUUAUAGACUAUUCAUGCAAAAGGUACUACGCAAAAGGCUAAAAACAGCAGAAAAUUAUUUUCUUCUUUCAUGAUUUUCUACAAAUUUUCUAGUUGUACUGUUAUAGUACAUACUGCAUAUACUUGGCACAUUGUAUGCGCUUGAUGCAUAUCAUUGACCCAUGCAUCAACAUUAAAAAAGCAGCCUCUA